CACAGGUCUGGCCACUUGUCAUUUACGAGCUUCUGGGCAAAAGAGGAAAUUGCUUCAGGGAGUUUGGAAACUUGGGAGUUUUCUUCUUCCUUCGGUCUAGGCACGAAGAACCUUUAUAAAUAAGUGCAGAAAAAGUGGAAACACUCAAGAUCUGUAGAUGUUGGACAUUUGAUUUGGAUCACCUGCUCCUUACAACUCAUUUUUCCUCAGCACAAUAUUGGCCUGGUGACUUAGACCCUCAAGCAUUCAAUUCGAGGCAGCAUAGUCUGGAACUACUUCGUGCCAGGAUGGCAAAUUUUUCCGAUAACUUCUCCUGCUAUGAUCCAUCCAUUGUUGACUACCGCUACGUAUCAGUCAGCUGGGGUAUUGUGGUGGCCAUAGUUGGUACAGUUGGCAAUGUGCUCACCCUGUUUGCUUAUGCAUCUGACACCAAGCUCCAGACACGUGUCAACCUGCUCAUUGUCAACCUGACCUUGGCUGACAUUCUGUAUUGUACCUUCCUGCAGCCCUUUUCUGUGGACACCUACUUGCAUCUCUAUUGGCGGUCGGGUGCUGAUUUUUGUCGAGUCUUUGGGAUGUUGCUCUUUGUCUCCAACUCGGUCUCCAUUUUAACACUUUGCCUCAUUGCCAUCAGCCGUUACCUGCUCAUUGCCAACACUGCCCUCUUCGAUCGCAUCUUCUCCCGCCUUGGGGUGCUGCUCAUUGCCUUGGCCUCCUGGGCAAUUGGUAUUCUCAGUUUUGCACCACUGUGGCCUGCCUAUGUCUUGGUGCCCAAGGUCUGCACCUGCAGCUUCCAUCGUAUCCGUGGCCGGCCAUACACCACCAUCCUCAUGGCCCUCUACUUUGUGGUGGGGCUCAGCUGUGUUGGUAUUUUUUACUUCCUCAUCCAUCGCAAAGUCAAGACUGCUGCCCAUGCUCUCGACCAGUACAAACUCAAAAAGUCCAGUUUGAAAGAAGUCCAUGUAGCUGGGACCAGCUUGACAACCCCGGGACACUACCAAGAGUUGGACAGUGGAGUAGACAGUUCAGGUCCUUCCCAGCAUUCCUGUGAGGCUUUGCCCUCUGAGUCAACUUCCAAAACUUUUGUUCCACUAGAUUCUGAGAAUGGCAAAACUCCACCCAAAGCUCAGCCUGCAAGCCCAUCUAAGAAGGUCACACCAUGCCAGGCCAAGGACAACAACACAGAAUUCCGCCGGGUGACACGCAUGUGCUUUGUGGUUUUCCUCUUCUUUGUCAUAUGUUACAUACCCUUCAUGCUGUUAAACAUCUUGGAUGCCAAAAAUCGGGCUCCAACUGUGCUGCAUAUGAUUGCUGCUAACCUUACCUGGCUCAACAGCUGUAUCAACCCAGUACUUUAUGCUGCAAUGAAUCGUCAGUUUCGUGAGGCCUACAAAGGUGUGAUAUCCAAGUUUGUGCAUCGAUUUCGUGGGUGCCACUAAUUUAUCAAGAGUGUACAAUUGGUCCCCUCUGUCUGCAUGAGAUGGACAUGUUCCCCUCUGAUUCUGAUACUGCCUCAGAGCAGGAAUGCCACCACAAAGAUGCUCAGCCUUUCACACUGGACUAGUUUCAGAGACCUUAAGUAGGCCUAUGUGUGAAUUCUGUUAUUUUACCACUGCUGCAUUUUAUAUUGCAUGUAGCCUAUAUGUAAUGGGGAAAUCAGAGUGAAUUCAUGGGCUGGCCUUUGCCUUGAACAUUUGUUGAAGCUGGGGAUACCCCUCCCUCCUUUAGUUUAUAAACAAUGACAGAAGAGUGGUUAGGUAUGCCACAUUUCAGAUAUUAGAGCAUGGGAGGGUGGGAAAUAUGUGGGCCAUGAAACACUGUGGCUUCCAAUGCUAUAUCCCUGCUGCCUGCGUUGUUACUACCAAAUCACUGCUGUGGCCUCCAAUGAGACCUUUUCACACAGCACAGUUAUAGUACUAUUAUCCCACUUCGGUUAGCAUCCUGUGGAAUUUUGAGGUCUGUAAUUUGCACAAAGGCACUUCCCAGGCUAAGGAUCCCAUUCCUCAACUUCAAAUCCCAGGAUUUCAGUUAAAGUGGAAUCAUACUGCCAUUAUUGUGAGAGGGUUCCAGAACCACAUUUAAAAUAACCAACAUUUUGUUGUAUUUUAUAAUAAUAUAUUCAUACUUAUAUAUCUAAAUGAUUAUAUCUUACUACCUCCCAUCAAAGCAAAUUUUCUAAAGAUAUCUAGAGUUCCUGAAUAAAGGCUGAUUUUUCUUCAAAUUUCUGAGAAAAAGAAGCCCUAUGUGCAUUAAGUGACUAGACAAGAAGAAUCCAAACUUCUCUACUAAUGCAGGAGAGUAAGAAAAAUGGCACCGAAAUACCAUAUUGAUCUAGUACAGAACUUGUUACACAGUAAGGGAAUUCAAACUUCUCUGUACAAGACAAAUUGGUGCUGUUGCCUAUAGAUCUGUAUGUUUCACAGCUGUAAUAUUUCUAGCAUAUCAUAUGAUAUGGGUGUCAUGAGCAGUGUUGUUCAGUCCUUUCUGUACAAAAAAAUGCAUGCCCUUGUGUGCUCAGGAUGUCCCCAAUUCUACCCAUGGACAAAAAAAAAAAAAACCAGCCACAAGAAUGAAGACAGGGCUACGUUGAGUGGCUGCUGAAGGUAUCAUAUCCUAUCUGAUCCUGAAACCUAAGCAGGAUAAACUUUGGUUAAUACUUGGAUGGAGCCUGCCAAAGAUUACGAGGUCAAGGAGUCUAUAUAUUUCAGGACAAAGCAAUAAGCAAACCGUAAGGAAAUAACAGGAGUCCCUGGUGGCGCAGCGAGUUCAAUCGCUGAGCUGCUGAACUUGCUGAUGGAAAGGUCGAUGGUUCGAAUCCGGGGAGCAGGGUUUGCUCCUUUCAUUAGUCCCAACUUCUGCCAACUUAGCAGUUUGAAAACAUACAAAUGUGAGUAGAUCAACCGCUCCAGCUGCCACAUGACCCUAGAGGUGUCUACAACAACACCGGCUCUUUGGCUUAGAAAUGGAGAUGAGCACCAGCCCCCAGAAUCGGACAUGAUUAGACUUAAUGUCAGGGGAAAACCUUUGCCUGUACCUAAGGAAAUAACAUUUUCCCUUACAAGCCUGUCUAGAUUUUAACCUUUUGUACAGAUGAUAAAAGAAGGUUUUGCAGUUUAAUAAGCUUUUCCCAUGUUUUUAUGAUAGAACCAAUUAGGAAAUGACAUUUAUAACCUAGGAACAAAAAUUAUGUUUACAUAGUUUUAUACCCAAUGAUAGACUAACAGGAGGUGUGGUUAAGUGCUGGAUGAUCAUCUUUGUAGACUUUUAUGCGUCUGUUAUAAAUAUUGAAUAAAAUAAUAUGUUUAAAUA